AUGACUCUGGACAAAAAUUCCUACCUUAAGAUGAGCGAUGGAAACAAAAUCCCUUUGAUUGGGCUUGGUACCUAUUGCCCUGAUGAAGUAAGUCAACUUUCUUAAGGUUUUCUUUUUCUGUCGCCUUUAUGUGUAUAUAGGAAAUUUGCUUUCUCAAACGGAAAGCCAACUGCAGUCUAAAUAGGCCACCCUUUGUGAUGGUUUUGCAGGGCCUCUCCCAAGGGUCAACCUACAUGUCAUUCCAUGAAGAUGUUUGAGUUUUACAACACAAAUAGCUGCUGUUGGAGAGAGCUUGAUCAGUAUCAGAGCCACAGUGGGCUGGGCGGAAAAUGAGAGUUUAACCCUUAUCCCUACUCCAUGGACCCUGGCAGCUUACCCAUCCCAAGUUGCUAUUUGCAUCUCUCCUGAUGCAAAUAGCAAUUUCAUUGUGUGUGGAGAGGAAUUAUUUUUGUCACGUCUGUGGCUGACAAGGGUGUAUGUGUGUGUGAAUUUCUCCUGCCUGUCCACUAUUGUCCCAGUCUGCAGGUAUUUGUAUGAAUGAAUUUAUUAUUUCGGUCACAGACCAGUUCCAGUUCACAUACAGAAUCAGGGAAGUCAUGAAACACAAUAGGGAUACAUUUAAAUUUGCAGUUUGGUAUAACAGGGACAGUACAGAUACAGCAGCAAUUAAAAUAUAUAAAUUAUAUCUUACUAAAAUAUAACCUGAAGUUGACAGAUAUUUGUAUUUGAAAAACCAGUUGCAUUAAAUGCAGUGAUAUAUUUAUUUCACAUCGGUUUGCCAUAUAUUUUACAGAACGGGCACUGUUACAGGUGCCUCAUUCUACAUUUGUAAAAAAACCAAUAUUUUAGUGUGGCAGCACCCACAUUUUGGAACUCCCUUCCUAUUGACGCUGAUAUUAACCAUUCUGUGGCCAGAAUGCUUUUCAAUUAUGUGAAAAUAUUGUUGAUAUGGCUGCAAUAAAUCCUGGUCUAGCAGAGAAAAGAGACUUUGUUUGAAUUCCAAAACCAAUAUUUUUUAAUGCUGCACAGCAAUAGUGAUUUACAUUUAUAUCCUGAACCUUUCUUCCAUCAUGGAACUCAAGGUGGCAUGAAUAUAUUUCCCAUGCAGACACCGAAAAGAUUCUGACUUGUUGAAGCAAAGCAAGAUGGUAGCUUGCUGCAUCACCACCCUUAGAGAACAUGCGCUGGGAGAGAACCCAAUUUUCUCAAAUGCUUUGUAUGUAGAUUAUUGUCCACAGUGCCUUAAAAUGACCAUGGUUGGCAUCCAGUGCACUCAUUCUAUUAAUGCAAGGAUUUGUGCUUGUGCAACAGAACUUUUCCCAUGUUAGGGUACAGCCCCAUAUUAGGGUACAACCCCAUGGUGUUCCAUGUGCAGCUGUUUUCCAAUGCAAAAGUGGCACAUGAGGAAACACAAUCAAGUAACCCUCCUGCCAAAGCCAGUGAAACUUGCUGACACUAUUUGUUGUUUUAACCACCAGGUUCAAAAAAGCAAAUGUGAGGAGGCUAUAAAGGUAGCCAUCGAGCUUGGCUUCCGCCUUAUCGAUGGAGCCUUCAUCUAUGGGAAUGAAGAGGAAAUUGGACGAGUGAUGAAUGCGAAGAUUGCAGAUGGAACUGUGAAAAGGGAUGAAUUGUUUUACACUGGAAAGGUCAGUAAAUAUUAAUUCCUGUAGUAGUUGGUUGGUUGGUGGACAGGCUUUGCUUCUACCAUCCUUUCCUAACAGCUGAGGCCAUGGAAGUUCAUUUAUUCAACUCAGUGGUUUCCAAAUUUUACUUCUUUCCUUUCCAAAUCGACUUGACUCCUGAGGAAUCCCUGUGUAUUGUAGACAUCCUCACCAUGGCCAGGCAGGAAAGAGGACAAGGGUCCUGCACCUUUGGCAGUUGUGCAACAGAGGAAUUUCAGAAUGUGUUGCUUGUCAUACAUGCAACAACUGCUGAAAUCCCUUCUCUAUACAACUAACGAAGCUGCAAGAGCCUGCUUUGUUUUGUUUUUACUUGGCCGCCCAACAUUACUCUGAGAACAUAACUCAGCUCACUUCCAGACAACCUGUUCACUGAGCCUUCAUUUGGAUUUGUUUGCAGGGAGGUUAUGCAAGAUCAAGGGCAAGCAAUUGAUAUCCCACACUUUCUAGUGCACUUUCCUUGCUGCAAAAAGUUCUCUUUGUUUUUCUUAGAAGCAGAUUUGCACCAGAGCAGCAGAUCUACUUGAAUUGUGCAAGCUGAAUUUUGCAGUUUGCCACUGAAUCCCAAUUGCAAAACUCUGAAGAUGCCCUUAGAGAUAUACCCAACAUUACACUGUGUCCACCCAUUGAAAUGGAAUCUUCUUGAUGGGCAAGCAGCCUGUUAGGGAAGGUUGUCCAUCACUGGUUAUCUUCUUGCUAAACUCCUAGGGCUCCUCCUGACCUAUUUUAUGAAUAUUCAUCCUGUUUUGCUGUACAAAAAACUUAGGUUAGACUAUUAUCUGGUCUUUACUGAGCGUUCAUUCUGAUGUCUUUCUGGUGAGGUUAUAAGGCAGGCAUAGGCAAACUCAGCCCUCCAGAUGUUUUGGGACUACAACUCCCAUCAUCCCUGACCACUGGUCCUGUUAGCUAGGGAUCAUGGGAGUUGUAGUCCUAAAACAUCUGGAGGGCUGAGUUUGCCUGUGCCUGUUAAAAGGGAAUGAGCACUUAUCCUGAUUUGCUCAUGUGGUAUUUACAAGUCUUUCUGUCAAGUAUUUGUUCAUCCGUGCAUUUUCUCAUUGCUUUCCUAACUACAAAAAGUCUUUUGAAAGAAAGAAAAAAGUACAGUGGUACCUUGGUUCUCAAACGGCUUAGUUUUCGAACAAAUCAGUUCCUGAACGCCGCAAACCCAGAAGUAAGUGUUCCGGUUUGCGAACGUUUUUCGGAAGCCAAACAUCCGAUGCGGCUUCCACUUGAGUGCAGGAAGCUCCUGCAGCCAAUCAGAAGCCACACCUCGGCUUUUGAACGGUUUCAGGAGUCAAACGGACUCCCAGAACAGAUUAAGUUCGAGCUACCACUGUAGAUUUGUUGCACCAGUGUGAUAGAGUGCUUUAAUCUGCUUUAAUUAAAGUUCUGGCAUGUGCUUGAUUCCCACCCACAAUACAUUGGCAGUCUGGAAGUGCAUCUGUUAAGUUUCCAGUGAAGCCAAGGUGUCUCAGAACCCAGUUUGAAAGCCAUUGUUUUAAGAAUGCUCUCUUUAUAUGAAAGUUAGACUAUGGAAACUGCAACUGACUGGCCUCUUACCCAUAUGGAAAAAAACCCAGUGCGUUCUCUUAAUUUAGUCACAUAUAAUUUUACAACUGGAAAACGAAACGCCCAGGGUCCUUUAAUUUGAGGCAAUAAACCAAUAGCACAUUAUGUAUGCCCAUUUAGUUUUAACUCUACCUGGGAGGAUACAACCUUUGUGAAAAAGACGCUAUGAUAACGGGCAUACGGACUGGCAGAAAUUUAUCUGACACAAUGGCCAUUGAAAUUAAUUGGAGUGUGUCUAUAUGCUUCAGUAAGAACCAUUCAUUCUGAAGGUGAACUGUAUCCAUGUUCUGCUGUUUGAAACCCUUUACAGCUUUGGGGCACCUUUCAUCGCCCAGAACUUGUCCGGACAAGUGUGGAAGAAUCUCUAAAGAAACUUAAACUUGAUUAUAUGGAUCUCUUUCUUAUUCACAUGCCAUUUCCUCUCAAGGUAAUCCCCCCCCCUUCACUAGUUGAUGACCCAAAAACAAACUUUUCUUCCUUGCUUGCUUGUAAAAUCCUUGUCUUAAAAAGAAGUAUCGGUAUAUAAUAAGAUGGAUUUACUGUUAAGCGUACACAUUAAUUCUUUUGAUCAGAAACAUAUUCAAAUGCUGGGAGCAAAGUUUUGAAUCAUAUGUAACUAUCCUUCACACUUUAGAUGUUCUCAAAAUCAAGGAAAAAUAAGUAGGAUAUUUACCUACCCAUGACUGCUGUCUUUAAAAGGAAAGGUUUUAGUGUAGAGAUGACGUUGGCUCAUAUGACAACUGAUUUAUCAAGUGGCUAAUGUUGUCUCCUCUGGUGAGCAGGAGUUCUCCAAAAUCUCAGAGGCUUUUUAUUAUUAUUUUAAAAAAAACUUUCUUGAAGUCCUGUUACCAAAACCCUUUUAGCUGGAUAUAAGGGAAUUGAACUUGAGGGAUGAUGGGAACUCCCACUGGUACCAAUGGGAGCAAGACCACUCUGAGUAAUAGCAACCUAGAGUAGGAUUUUCAUUGAGACUGCUGUGCAGGAGGAAAAGGUUACCCCUCACAGUACUCGAGUUAGAGCUAGUAACUGUAAAAGUAACGACAAUUGCAAUAGAGUUAAUUUGGUUCUCCGUCUAACUCUGAUCAAUUAAGUCAUAAGUGUGCACUAAAGUGGAACCGUCAUAACAGAGGAGUGUCUUUAAAUAUGUGAUAAGUUGCGUUCCCUCACCAAUUAGAAAUUGCAGCCAGGAAAAGCCCCAUUUGGACCACAAGGGGGGGAGGACAUAUAAAAUAAUCUACAUCUGGAAACGUAUCUUAACCUUGUUUGCAAAUGUACAGUAAUGAUCAUAAUCCACUAAAUGUAAAAAAAGUCAAAACUUUCAUUUUGUUUAAUCUGCUUUUACAAUUGUUUCUUGAAAAUGGGUUGCUUCCAGACUGACAUCACAAACCAGCAGAUGUCUACUCAGAAAUAAGUAUCACUCUCAGGUAACUGUGUAUGUGAUAGCAAACUUAGUCAUGUUUAGAGUCAACCUUUAUAGGGGAAAGAUGGGAAGUAAAAUACUUUAAAUAGGUUUUUGGUGCUGUUGUUUCUAUGUUGAGUAAAUUUUUAUUUUUAUUUUUAUUAUUUUAAAGCCAGGAGCCGAUCCGCUACCAAAAGAUGAAAGUGGAAAGCUGGUCUUCGAUGACGUUGACUUGUGUCAAACCUGGGAGGUGUGUAUCAUCACAGUUGUGUAGCAACAGCAGGACAGUCCCCCAAAUCAAAGCUGUACACUUAUUUCAGCAGCAUAAUUUAUACAGCCUGCUUUGUUUAUAUACUUUCACCAUCUUCUGCAGGCCAUGGAAUUAUGUAAAGAUGCAGGUUUGGUGAAGUCUAUUGGCGUCUCCAACUUCAACCAGAGGCUUCUGGAAAAGAUCCUAAACAAACCUGGCCUCAAGUACAAGCCUGUUCUCAACCAGGUAUAAUUCUUAAAUAAAUCACUGAACACGGGGAGUGAGAUUGCAUCAGUGGAAAGUGUGGAUGUGGGUUCUGAAUUCACAAUAACCGAGGGCCCUGAUCGUGCAGGAAUCCUGGCCACAGUUGUAUCCACAUGGAGCUCUGUUCAAAAAUUCUGCUAAAUGUACAAAGCGCAGGGAACUUGAGAAUGGAUCCAGCAGGCAAAAACCCACUUCCCCGUUACAGAUGUUCAGGUCCAUUCAUAAUGCUCUGUCUUCAAGAACCAAUUUAUUUUUGUUGUUUUGUAACAAGACUGUAAAGACUGCUCCUCCAGACUGUGCUUCUUACUCUUGGCUUGUGCACAAAUUCUCUACCAGGUCGAAUGCCACCCUUAUCUCAAGCAAGCCCAGCUGCUGUCUUUCUGCAAAUCAAAGGAUAUUGUCCUGGAAGCUUUCUCUGCUUUAGGAUCACAGAGAGACGAGGCUUGGUAGGAGAAAACACUUAACUUUGUUCAUUUAUUCCAGUAUUUCAAUGAUUAGCCAAUAAUUAACCAACAACUGUAGGGAACCUUUGGCCCUGAAGAUGUGGUUGAGUUACAACUCCCGUCAGCUGCAGCAAGCAUGCCCAACGGCCAAGGAUUAUGCCAGUAGCAGCUCAGCCAAAGCUUCCCCAUGCUUGUUCUAGAGCAGCAAUCAAAGAUCAGUUAGGAAGGAGAAAAGUGCACCAUCAAAACCAGAAAGAAUAUCUGAUCCAAGAUAGCAAAUAUGGGAUCAGGGGAAGGGGCACAAAGGUAGCACCUAGUCAAAGCCAUACAGAAAUUAGGAGAAAGGAAUGUGUGCUUAACGGGGUAGAUGAAUCUGACAGUUUGGGUUUCUCCUUUUUCUUAAGUUCUGGUUUCCGCAUCAUUCCGCAUCAAAUUUAAAGUUUGCAAACUUUUUUUUUUUUAAGAAAAAUUUCUCAUGAAAAUUUGACAGCAUUUUGGUGUGCAUUUCUGCUAAUGCACACAUUUCUGUUUGCAAUUCUGUCUACCAGACCCAACCAUUUUAAGCAGUGUGCACUAAAUCCCUCUGGGAUUCACUUCUAAACUCCUUGCAGCUGCACCAAAGGAGGAAAGGAGCAUAUGAGUUCAGAGGGAGGCUAGGCUCAGUCCCAUUUCAACAAACCAUGGUUUAUCAGUAUAUGAAUAUGGCCAGUAAGACUGACGUGUCAAUAUGCAUAGGAUUGUGCUUUUGUUCCACUGUUCCUGCCCUCUGCACAGAACACCUAUUUGCAGGGUUCAUUGGUUGGGUUCCUCCAUACCAGAUGAUCUGGUCUAAAACAGCUUUAUACUUAUAGUGUCUAGAUACGCUCAAAUGUUGACUUGAAUAUGUCACAAUAUUGUUAUUUAAUGACACCUGAGGUUGCUUUCCUCUUGCAGGAUGGACACAAGCACGCCAGUUCUGCGUGAGGAACCAGUACUGGUUGACCUUGCUAAGAAGCACAACCAAAGCCCAGUGCUCAUUGCUUUGCGCUACCAAUUGCAGCGUGGCAUUGUGGUUCUGGCCAAGAGUUUCACCCAAAAACACAUUAAAGAAAACCUGCAGGUAAGUCAGCAGUUUGCAGACGCAGUGAACCAAAGCCUAAUGUGUACUGGUUUAGGUGAGACAUUGGGAGCUGAGUGUUCGUUCAUACCUGCACUUUAAGUAGAAUAACCUACCACAUACUGAACACAAACCAGUAACAGAGUUAAGUUGUGGGGUAAGCAAUAGUGGAGAUGGGGUCCAUCUUACUCACAGGAGCUCAACUGCGUAAGCAGAGUUGAAUGGGAACCAUUGAUGUCUAAAACACGAUGAAAAUGCAGGUGAGAUCAGUGAGAGAUUCUGCUGGAUAGGGGAGCCAAUGUCUCCUCUUUCUGCCCACUUUGCCUCAGCGCUUGAGCUUCAGAAAAUCUAGAGCCUCUUUCCAUAUGAACCUACCCAGACCCCGAGAUCAUCUUCUGAGGCCCUUCUUUGUGUGCCUCUUCCUUGAGAGGUCCGGAGGGUGGCAACAUGAGAACGGGCCUUCUCUGCAGUGACUCCCCGUCAAUGGAAUGUUCUCCCCAGGGAAGUUUCCCUGGUGCCUUCAUUAUACACCUUUAGGCACCAGGCAAAAACGUUCUUUUUUAACUAGGCCUUUGGUUGAUCAUAUUGACAUCCAACACCCUUUUAGAAUGUGGCUUUUUGGGGGAGAGGCGUUAUUGGGUUAUUGUUUUUGGUUUGAUUUUAUACGUUGUGGUCUUGUUUGUGAACCGCUCUGAGACCUCCGGGUACAAGGCGGUGUAUAAAUUGAAAUAAUAAUAAUAAUAAUAAUAAUAAUAAUAAUAAUAGAGCCCUUGCUGAUUAUAUGCAACCCUGUCUCCUCUGCUAGGUGUUUGAUUUCCAGCUGCCUGAAGAGGACAUGAAAACCCUCAAUGGCAUUAAAAGAAAUGUUCGCUACAUGAAACUGACAGGGUGAGUUGAAGGCGGCAAGGCAAGGGAACCUGUUGUUAGAGUUCAGCCUGAUCCAUAUUGUCACACAGUGAUACAGGUGGGCAUUUGAGAAGCCCACGUGUGGAGGCAGCUCCUGGUGGGAAUUAGGUGUUUGUGGUUGCAGCCAGAGCACUACCCGUUCCUUGUUGCCCUGGGGAGGGUGUGGUAGCACCCCUGACAAUUUGGUGGGGGUGAAGGGUCAUGGGGAAGUGGGGUGGGGACACACAUACAAGCUGCACACAAGGGGUAGGAUGUCAGACUGGUGCUCAAAAGACGCAAUUGAUUACACCCAACACAUUUCAAGAACGAUUGCCCUCCAAACCAAAAGGUCUUCAUGUCCCUUACUCUGGUAUGCCAGUUAAAACAGCUCAGUAAUGGCACACCGUUAUUUCCCCUUUUUGCUACUAAAGACUAAGGGCCUAAGUACAGUGGUACCUCGGGUUACAGAUGCUUCAGGUUACAGACGCUUCAGGUUACAGACUCCGCUAACCCAGAAAUAGUACCUCGGGUUAAGAACUUUGCUUCAGGAUGAGAACAGAAAUUGCGUGGCGGCAGCAGGAGGCCCCAUUAGCUAAAGUGGCACCUCAGGUUAAGAACAGUUUCAGGUUAAGAACGGACCUCCAGAACAAAUUAAGUUCUUAACCUGAGGUACAACUGUAUGUGUUCCCUAUUGAGACAGUCAAGUAGAACCAGGGCCGGCCCUACUGUUAGGCAAAGUGUGCUUCAGCUGGUGCAUCAACCACUUUUCUCCUCACUUUCCACAGGGAAAAGAGAGCAAAUUCCACAUUCAAAUGCCCAGUGUGGAAGCACCCUCCCGGCCAGCCCCCUCCCCAGCUGAUUCUUCUGAGCACCCUGCCCGUCUCCUUCUGUUGGAGGGCAGAGCUGUGUGCUUCACAUGACUGUCCUGCACCCAUAUAACUAGCCUGCUGCCCUCAGUUGUGGUGAUGGACACUCAGGUUUGGUGAAGGGCACUGUGUUGCUGCCAAUCUAGGUGUAAGUUUUGAUUGUCAUUCCAGCUGGCUUCUGUAUAUGAAAUGUGCACCAUCUUGCAAUUUGCCUCAGGCAAGCAAAUUGUGGUGGGCUGGCCCAAGGAUGACAAUCCUGAGAUAGAUAGCAAACCCACCAGCAAACAUUAAGGGAAUUGUAGUUCUCCAAGGGUAAACUCCAGUGGCUAGGCUUCAUGUGCUUUAAAUGUGUUGGAUAUUCCUUCUGAAACCUGAAUCUCACCCAUUCUUGCUCCUUGUAAUUUAGAAGCUCCAUUGAUUAUUAUUUUUCAGAUUUGCUUCCCAUCCUAACUAUACAUUUGGAGAUGAAUAA